UUGAUAUUAUCGCCGAGGUAUCUUUUUGUAUUUUUCUGCCGGGGAUGGGCCAGAUUGGGAAGGGCGGUACGAGGGUGAGACUUGGCGUUGGUGUUUUGGAACAUCAAAGAUGGACAGGGUUUUCGCGGAGGUCGCUCCUCGGAUAUCUCCACAACUACAGGUCGGGGGUCUUCCAAAAUCGAGAAGAUUGGUGCAUAUGGCUAGGUCACUUCACCUUACAAUUUGUAUGGCACUCUGGCCCGGGGUUGUGGUGUGGUAGGGGAGAACGGGGGAUAAUCCCACACAGGAGCUUCGAACAACGUCCGGUUCACGUUUGGCUGGAUAACUCCACCACCACACGGGGUAUGCGGUCGGCGAUGGGGUCAAAAUGCUCGUAUGAUCGAGGGCUUUUCGAUGGAUCUAUCGGCGGGUUCUUAUUCGAAAAAUCGAGCGAGUUCGUGGUGGAGCGGUUGGCAUUC